AUGAGGAAAAAGGGAUAUAUAAAAAAUUUUGAAAUGGAAGAAAUUAUAUUUACAUUAUUAAGUUGUUUAGAUGAAGAUAAGAAAUUAAACUACGAAAUAGUAAACACUCUUAAAAUGUACAUUAUGUAUCAUAAGAGUGAAAUCUUAAAUUAUGUGUUUUCGUUUCUCCAAAUUCAAAAGGUUAGUCAUGAGAAUCAAAAACUGUUAUUGUUAUUAACAUACGAUUUUGUUCAUUAUUGUAUAUAUGAUAACUUUAGUGGCGUUGUUAAUAAAUAUUUUGAGGAAGAAGAUAAUAGCGAUAAUAUAAAAGUGGAAGAAAAAGAUAUAGAAGGAAGAGAAGACGAUCAAUAUGUAGACAUAAAGAUAUUUGACAAUAUUUUAAAAUAUACAUUUUUUGAUGGGGACAAGUAUUGUUUUGUAUAUGAUUAUGAAUUGAAAAAAAGCUCUAGUAUGAUAAAUGAAAAAGGUGAGAAUAAUUUAUAUGAAAAUAAAUAUGAAUAUAAUAAUAACAAUCUGAAUAGUUAUAAUAAUUAUUGUGAGGAUUAUAAUAAAUGUCAUAGUAACAUAAAACAUAACCAUAGUUACGUUAAAAGGGAUAGUAAUGAUUAUAACACAUUACUAAAUAAAGAAGAUAUAAAUGAUCAGAGUAUUUUUUGUUAUGAUAAAAUUGUUAAUAUGAAAACAUUAAAAAAAGAAGAAUACAAGCAUUUUUUAAUUGAACAAAAAAACUUUGCUAUUAAUUAUUUCAAAAAAGAACAGAUUUGUGAAACCAAUUUGGAUUCAUUUGAUAAUGUAGAAGAUAUUAAUAUAAAGAAAAAUAAGCGAAAAUCUGAAAUAAAUAAUAUUAUUAAGAAUAUAAUAAAUUUUAUAUUAAAGGAAAUGUUAUAUAUAAAAAAGAAUGACGAGAGGCACAAAAUAAUGACUAAUUUAUUGAUAUUAUGUAUAAUAAAAGAAGACAACUAUUUGAAAAAGAAAAUAAUAGAGAAAAUACGUUAUUAUAAAGAUAUUAAUAUUAGUAAUAAUAAUAUGAACCCAACUACUGAUAGUAAUAAUAAUAAUAAUAAUAAUAAUAAUAAUGGAACCAAAUUGAAUACUUAUAUAUAUAUCGAUUUAUAUAAAGAAAUAUUCAUGAAAUCUCCACACUUAACAAAAAAUGUGCUAGGAGAUAUUUUCAAAAGUAUGCUUAGUUUAGACAAUAACAAACAUAUAGAUAUAAUGUUUGAAAUAUUUUUAAAAAUUUUUCAAGAUGUUCAAUUCCCAUCUGUAUUAUAUAGCAUUAUAUAUAUGAAUAAGAAAUAUAGAAAAAAGAACUUCAUUAUAACAAAUAAAAAUAAUACUAAUGUAUAUAUUGAAAAUGAUGUUAUUCAAUUGUCACUAGAAAAUACAAGUGAAGAUACCUUUACGACAAAUACUAGAGAAUCUUCUUUAACUUCUGGUAUGAUAAAUGAUAUGAGGCAUAGUAGUAAUAAUAAUGCUGAUGAUAAUAAGAGUGAUGAGCAUCUUAUAUAUAAGGAUGUACAUGAUGAAAAGAAUAAAUAUAUAUAUGACGAGAUGUAUAGAAAAAAUAAAGAAAAUGAAAACAUAAUAUAUAAAUAUAAUUUAGUUGAUAAGAAAAGGUGUGAUAUUAAUUCAGAAAUAGAUAAUGGUAAGGACAAAUUCAAGGUUGAAAAAUAUAAAUGUUCAAAUAUAAAAAAUGAUGAAAAUAAUAAAGGAAAAGAAAAAAAGAAAAUACAUAAUAUAAAUAAAAAAGAAUAUAUUGAUAAUAAAGAGAGUGAAAGAAGUUUAUCAUUGAACAUAUAUGAAAUGGAUAAAGAAAAAAUAAAUGAUAUACAUAAAAUAACAAAGAAAUAUUUAGAUAUAUAUUUUAAAAUAAGUAUGAGUAUGAAAUAUACAAAUGAAAAUUAUAUAAAAAUACUUUAUAUAAUAUCGAAAUUAUUAUUAUAUAUAAAUAAUGAAGAAUAUAUAAAAAAGACAUUUGAAGUAUAUAUAUAUUAUUUUUUAAUAUUUUUUAAUUCUACAAUAGUAAACAAUUAUAAUAGCUAUCAUAUGGAGAUACAUGAUACUUCAUGUAUAUAUAAUAAUGAUUCUCAAAUAGAUAUCAAUUAUAUAAAUUUAAAAAACCUACCUAAUUAUAUCAUAAUAAAUAGUUUUAGAAUCAUUUUACAAAGUUGUCUAAAUAAGGUUCAUUUGAUAGUAGUAUUUACAAAUAAUAUAUUGAAGAUAUCUUAUGCAUUAUUAUAUAUACUAAUAAAUAAAAAUGUAAAUAUCACAAAUUCUGGUAGUAUUAUUGAGGUUAUAACAUCUAAUGAUUAUAUAAGUACAUUUAUUGAAAUUAUCGAAAUAUUUAAUAUCUUUAUAUCGUGUAUAUAUACAAAUAAUUCAGUAGUACAUUUUUUAAAAGAGAAAUGUAAAUCAAAUAACAAAAUUGAUAUAAUUGCUUCAUUAAUUAUUUUGAAACAAUAUAUUGUAUUAAUAUCGAAUGAUUUUAGUAGUGAUAAUAUAAUAUAUAAUAUAUCUAACCAGAAUAUGAAAAUAAAUGAAAGGAAUGAUAAGAAAAAAGGUUCAAGGAAAUAUAAAAAGUGUUUUAAAAAAUUAAAUAGUUAUAUUGAUACAUAUCAGAAUAAUACAAACAUUGAACUUAUUAUUCAAAUAGUACAUAGCUUAUUGGAAAAAUAUAAUACUGAUUUGAACAUUAUUUAUAUGUUGUUAGAGAUUAGUUUAUUACUUUCUUAUCAUAACUAUUUUAAUUGUUUUUCUUAUAACCCUAAUGCGAUUUUUAGUUUAUUGCAGAAGGAUAGUAGUCCUUUGUUGGUUCUUUAUGAAAAUGUGCACAUAAGAGAGGGAGAAACAUAUCAAAGAAAUGAAGCAACAGAUAAUGAAUUGGAUAAUAAAAAGGGUGAUAUAAUAAAAGAUAAUGUAACAAAUGAACAAGGGAAUCAUUCCGAUUCAUAUCCUUAUGGUAGCUCUUUUAAUUUGGAUAGAAAAUCUAAGAAUAUGUAUGAAGACAUAUACAAAGAGAAAGAGUUUGUUAAGACAGAAUAUUCAAAUAUAGAAAUGAAGAAAAAAAAAAAUGAUAUAAUAAAUGAUAGUUAUAAAAAAAAUGAUAUAACAAAUGAUAGUUAUAAAAAAAAUGAUAUAAUAAAUGAUAGUUAUAAAAAAAAUGAUAUAAUAAAUGAUAGUUAUAAAAAAAAAGAAUUUUAUGAGGAUGAUAGAAUAAAUAUGAUAUAUGAUGAAGAUGAAAUAAAGACUUGGUUUCUUAUACCAAAUAAAUAUGUGAUAAAUAUAAUAUAUUUAUUUUUAAAUAUAUUAUUAACUGAUGAAUCUACUUUUAAAUUAAAAAAUAAGAAGACUGGAUAUUUUGUAAAUGACGAAAUAAAAGGAACCAUUUAUGAAUUUAAUAAUGGUGUGAAAGAAAUAUUAAAGAAUGGAAAGAAGUAUAAUAAACAUUUAUAUGAUAUACAUUCUCAUUACUUUAUGUAUAUGUGUCCAUCUGUGUCAUAUAUGAAAAAAUUAAUAGUAUUAGCUUUCCAGUGUAAUUUUUCUUUAUAUUCUCCUAGGAUAUUAUAUCCUUUAUUAUUUGAAUAUGUAGUAAAUAUAAAGAAUAGUUAUAAGAUAAUAUUAUUAUUGUUGAAAUGUUUAAAUGUAAUAUGUAUAUCAUUAUGUAAUUAUAUGAGUAAAAAUAAUUUAAAAAUACAUUCAAGACUUCAUUUUAAUUAUUUGGCUUUACCAAAUAUAAAUAAAAUUAUAUCAGUAUUGUUUAUGUAUGGUUUCCAUCCCAACUUUGCUGUUUCAUUUUUAAGUUUACAACUUGUAUCUAUUUUGAUAUGCUUUACACAGAAUAGAAGUAUGCGUUUUAUUCAUAAUAGUUUAUACUACAAAACGGUGCUUCGUGUUUUAUUUCUACACGAUAAAUUGAGGAGGAUGAAAGGCGUGGUGGGAUCUAAGCAGAAGGUAUCACAAAAUGAAGAAAGGAUGAACAAGAUGAGAAAGAAUAAGAAGAGGGGAAAAUUUUCGCAAGGUAUUUUUUUCGAAUCGUCAAAGUAUAAUAAAGAAAAAAAAAUUAUGGAGGAAAUAAAUAAGGAUAUCAAAAAGAAAAAGAUGAGGAAGAAAACAAUAUUUGGAAAAAAUGAAAAGAUAAAGAAAGCACAAUAUUACAAACAAAUGAUCUUAUUAAGUUAUAAAAAAAUAACUCAGAGGAUUAGUAACAAAUUGAUUAAUACAUAUCUGCGUGGUUUUUCAGUAUAUAAACAAGAUAAUUUGAAUAGAAGAAAGAAGAGAAAGAUAAAUAAAUUUAUAAAAAGAUAUUUUCAUGUGGAUAUGUUUGAAAUUAAUGAAUUUCUGAGAAAUCACGAUCCGUUAUGUCAUGGCCCAUAUAAUUGUAUGGAGGUUGAAAGGGUUAAAAUUUAUAUUGAUGAUAAGAAUAAAAAGAAAAAAAAUAACAACAAUAAUGUUUAUAAUGAUGAUAAUUAUGAUGAUGAUGAUGAUGAUAAUGAUAAUAAUAAUGAUAAUAAUAAUAAUAAUAAUAAUAAUAAUAAUAAUCAUAGUAAUAAUAAUAAUAAUCAUAGUAAUAAUAAUAAUAAUCAUAGUAAUAACCAUAGGAAUUAUAAUUGUUACAAUUAUGACCAUAGUAGUAUAGAUCAAUGUUUGGUUUUCCCCAUGAUAGAAUCAGUACCCACUUUUUAUAUUACAGACAUCUUGGAGUUAUUCCAUAAAAUUUUUCUGAAUUAUAUAAAAAAAGAAAAAGAACACAUUUAUAAUUUCCAGACUUAUAUUACAACAUUUUUUUUUACUUUAUUAGAGAUGUUAAAAAAUAUACAGAAUGAUAAAGAGUAUGAUAACACAUUAUUUAAUAUAGGAAUUAUAAAUAUGAUGUGUGUAACUGUUAAAUUUAUGAAGGAAAGAUGUCCUAAUAAGCUCAUUAGUAUUUUUUUUAAGCUACUUGAAGAAGUCCCCUUAGGAGAAGAGGAAGAUAAAGUUGUGACUUUAUAUAACAACUAUUCUUACAUUUAUCGAACUCACAUUUUUAAUUUGUAUAAAGAUAAAUGUACAACAUUGUAUACGAAAAAUUGUAUGGAAUAUAUAAAAAUGAUGAGAAAUAAUAUAUGGCUAAAUAAAAAAAAAAAUGAUAGCCAAGUAGAUUUUAAUAACUUUAUUAUAUUAUCUAAUAUGUAUAAUAAUAGUGAUACAUUCAAAAAAAAAAACAUACAAAAUGUUUUGCAAUAUUUAAAUGAUUAUCAACAAGUGUAUAAAAAAAAUGUGUUCCAUAUUUUUAAUACGUAUAUAUCAAAUGUGCAGAUCAAUAAGGCGAUGGAAAAUGAUAUGUAUAGGAAAGAAAGAAAUAAAAGAGAGAAUGAUAAUACAUAUGAUAAGAUUAAUAUGUGUGAUCAAAAUAAUCUUGAUCAACCGAUACAUAAAAAUGUGGAUGAAUUAACAACGAAAAGACAUGCAUUGGAUAAUUCAUCAAUAAAUAGUUUACAUUCUAGAUAUGUUUCACGCCAUAAUAAUAAAAAGGUUAGAAUAUACGACAUAGAAAAAAUAGGAAAUAAAUUAGAUACAUCAAAUCAAGUAGCAAUGAAAUCACUUUAUUUUUUAUUUGAAGAUAAAUUGGGUUCCUAUAUUUUACAGAAUGAUAUGAAUUUUUCUAUAACAAAAAAUUUUAAACAAGAGAUAGCAUCUUAUUAUAUUCAAUCAUUAUUAUAUGAGAAGAAUUUUUUUCAGGUACUUUUUUUGUUAAACAAUAUAUAUUAUUCCGAUGUAGCCAAUAAGAAAAGUGGAGCCUUUUCAUUAUUUGGAAAAUCAAAUAAUGUAAUACAUGCAGAAAAUAUAAGAAAUACAUUAAUAUUAAGUAUGGGUUUAUGUAUGAAGAAAAUAAAUUCUCAUAAAUUUAAUCAUUUAUAUAAUAUAAGAGAAACAUAUGUAAGUAAGGAGAUAUUUCAUAUAUAUUUAGAAAAGAUAUAUUUAAAUAUUGCCAAAGAGAAUGAAAAUUUUGAAAAUAUUUUAUUUGAUAAAAAUGAUUCAGUUGGCAUAAUAUCGAGUGAAAUAUUAAAUAAGAUAAAAGGAAAUAAGCAAAAAUAUGUGAAGACAAAUUAUAGAGACCAGAUAAAUUUAUAUAUAAAAAUUAAAAACUUAUUACUGUCAAGUAUUCAUAUAAGUAAUAAUAAUUCUUCUGAGUUUAAUAAACUAAACGUAGAGGGUCAAAAAUAUGAAGAUAGUGUAAAAAGGACAUUAUCAAUUAUGAGGAUAAUUACAAAUACUAACAUAAGUAACGAAGGCAUGGAAAAUAAUAAGCAAUCAAAAAAUAAUUGUAAUAGUAAUGAUGGUAUUAAAAAGGGGUUAGGUUAUAAAAAUGAUAAUAUAAGUAUCACAAAUGAUAACAGAAAGGAUAUUUCAACCAUGUACAACAAUAAUAAUAAUGAUAACAAUAAUAAUGAUAACAAUAAUAAUCAUAAUAAUAAUAAUAAUGAUAACAAUAAUAAUCAUAAUAAUAAUAAUAAUAAUAAUAAUAAUCAUAAUAACAAUAUUGUUGUGAAUUCUGAUUAUAUUACAAAUAAUGGUUUUACUACAAACAGUACUUGUAGUAAAUCACCAAACGGUAACGAUAAACUUAUGGGUAGACAAAAAGAAGAAAUUGCUCAUAUAUAUAAAUACAUGUCUAAAGAAAAGCUUCAUUUUUUUCUUCUACAAUUAUUAGUAGAUCCAAUAUUGGGUUCACUUUAUCAAGAAAAAGAAAGUGUGUUACAGUCGAGUUUGUUGAAAUCAUUAAGAAUGAUAUCUAAAAGGUUAAAGAGAAUAAAAUGGAUAGGACUAAAAAAUAAUAAAUAUAAUUAUAUGAAAAAGGACGAUUUAAUAAAAAAUAAUAGAAUAGUAAAUGAUGAGAACAAAAAUAAUAUGUUUGAAAAAAAUUAUUCGUGUGAAAUCUUAAAUUAUAUUGAUAUAAAUAAUAAACGUUGUAUUCUACAAGAUAUAUGUGAAGAUUAUUUAAAAGAAAAUUUGAGUAAUGUAAAGAAUUAUUCAUGUUUGUAUAUAUAUAAAUUUAUAAUAAUAUAUUCUUCUUUAUAUUAUUUAUCCAGUAUUGAUAAUUUAAUAUUCCCGAUAAGCAAUACAACAAAUGACAUAUCUAAUGUGACGUUAGAAAAAUUUGUGAUAUAUUUUAAGUUUUUUUAUAGGGGAAUCAUAAAUAAAAGUGAAUAUUAUUUUAAGGAGGAAAUUAUUAAGAAAUAUAGUGAGGAUGGUCAAAACAAUAAUGAUGACUAUACGAGUAUAAAUAAUAAUAAAAGUGGUAGUAAUAAUAAAAGUGGAAAUAAUAAUAAAAGUGGAAAUAAUAAUAAUAGUGGUAAUAAUAAUAAAAGUGGUAAUAAUAAUAAAAGUGGUAAUAAUAAUAAUAAUAAUAUUAAUAAUAAAACGAUAAGGGGAAAUAUGGAUAGGUUACAUCAAUUAAAUGCUAACAUAAAUUUGGAAAAAGAAUUUUAUUAUAUCAAAUUGAUUGUUGAAUUAGAUAAAAAAAUGAAUAUAAAACAUCUGAAGAAGUUAUCAAAUAAUUUGAUCUUAAAUGAUUAUUUUUCUGAAUUAUUAAUACAGCAUAAUGACAACUCAAAUAAUAAAGAAGAAACAAAAGCAUAUAAUAAUUAUAAUCAUUAUAACCUUGUAGAUAUAAAUAAGGAAUCGUAUGAAAUUCUGUUACAUGCUUUAAAGACUAUAUAUAAUUCUUUAUAUAUACGGCAUCCUUUAAAUUUUCAAUAUAUAUUUAUUAUUGUAGAUGUACUUAUCGGCUUGUUCUUAAAAAUUGUAUUGAACGAGAAGAAAAAGAUAUAUCAAGAAUUUCAAAAGAAUUAUAAAGGGUGUAGUAAUAAAGAAGAUGCACGUGUGGAAAAUUCGGAAGGUAUUGCGAAUAUAGUAUCCAAAAGGGGAGAGGAAAAUAUGAGAGAGAAAAAAGGAAAUAAUAAAAGGAUUAAAUAUAAGGUGCAAGAAAAAAAAGGAGAUGUUCGUUUGGAUAUGUAUAAAUAUAAAACUAUAAGGAAUGACCAUGAUAUAAAUAAUGAUGAACACAAACAUAAUAAUAAUGAAAAAAAUGAAAAAAAUGAAAAAAAUGAUAAUAAUAAAAAUGACAAUAAUGAUAAUAAUAAAUUGGGUAUAUAUAAUAUAACACAUAAUAAUAUUUUAAAAGAUAAUAAAAUGAAAGCAGCAUGCAAAUGUAAUGGUGAUAUUUAUACGCAUUCAAAAAAGAAGAAUAAGAAGAGUAAGGGAAAAAAAAAUAAUAAAAAUAAAUCAUCAUAUAUAAAAUUAAAAAAAUACAAUGAAUUAAGUUUUAUUAAUAAUAUAAUAUUUGAUAAUUUAAAUAAGUAUGAUAAAAUUUCCAUAUCAUGUUUAAACUUAAUUAUAUCCAUAAUUGUGCGACUUGUAUUGGAUAUAAAUUGUUUUUUUUUCUUGUCCAAAAUAAUUAAAUAUAUACAUGACCUUUGCAUAUCUACAAAUAUAUGUGAAGUGAAAUUCUUAUCAUUCCUUAUGGUACUUCAAAUGAUAGUAAAUUCUCGCUCCAUUAAAAUGAGACAUGUAAAAAGAGUAAGUUCUCAGGAGGAAUAUAAUGACAAGGAUUCAUUUUACCCAAGUGUAGAAGAGGGGGAGAAAAAAAAAAAGGAAAAAAUAAAAGAAAUAAAUUUAAUAAAAGAAGAAAAAUAUAAAGAAGAUAUAUCAAAUGAAGAACAAAAUAAUAAUAGCAGUUUAUUAUCAUAUGAUUCAUCCAAUUUUGAGAGAUAUUUUAGUUUGCUUUUUUCACCAAAUUCUAGUGUAUCUUAUGGCACUCUUUUUGAUUUAAAGAAUGGACAAAAAGGGAAGGUGGAAAAUAAGUCUAAUGAUAAUAAUGAGAGAAAUAAUAUGAGUAAGGGAACGGAUCUGUAUGAUAUGACAAAAGGGAAUAGGAUCACAGGAUUGGAUGAGCAUAAGAAUUGUACACCAAAAUAUAACAACAAUAAUAAUAAUAGUAAUGGUAAUAAUAAUAAUAGUAAUGGUAAUAGUUGUAGUUUUGUUGAGGGGUAUAAUAAAAAGGGUAAAGUAGAUAUGAGGGGACAAAUGGAUAAAAAUGAUAUGUAUGAUCAAAUAAAGGAAGAAAAUCAUUAUCUAUGUGAAUGUAUUGGAUUAUUAAUACCUUACAUGAAAGAUAAGCAAAAAAUAAUAAGUUUCUUCAGUAUAUGUUGUAUUAUGACAUUACUAGGAAAAUUAAACAACGUGUGUAUUAUAAAUAAGACACAUUUUAUAUAUUUUUUUUUAAAUAAUUCUUUGCAUGAUAUUCUAAAUAUAUUUAAUGAGUUAAGGGAUAUGAGCUUAACCAAAAAAGGGAUUAAAGAAAAAAAUAAUAAAAAGAUAAAAAAAAAGAAUUAUUCGAAUAAUGGUACUAUUAAUAAGAUAUCGAAGAAAGAGAGAUCAGAUAAGGUGCACCAUUCGGAAGAUAUAAAAUUUGGUUCUACAGAGGAUAAAUAUGACAAAGAAGAAAUACAAAAAAUGAAUAAAAAGGAAUCUAUAAAUGGUAAUAUGCAUAAAAAUGAUAAUAUAUGUAAUGGCGAAGAAAAAAUAAAUUCUUUUUAUAAAAAAAGUGAGAGCAAAAAAAAGAGAGUCAAUAAGAGUAAUAACAAGAAAAAAAACCUGAACAAAAAAAAAGAUGAUAAUAUGAAUUUUAUUUCGUGUGAUAUGAUUAAAAAAGGAGGUAAACGAAAAAAUGGAUUUAUUUAUAAUUUUUCUUAUCGAAAUGUAAGAAAAAAUUUAUAUAAUAUAGAAUUUGAAAAGAAGUUUUAUCGAAAAUUAAAUAGAAAAAUAUAUGAGAUAAAUAGUAACAAAUAUCAAGAGAAGUUUAUAAAAAAGUUAAGUAUGUUUAAAAAUAAAAAAAAUAAUAAUAACAAAGGGGAGAUGAAUAUAUAUAAAUUGGUUAAUGAUAUAAUUAUUGAAGAUUUUUCACCUGAUGAAAAACAUUCAUACGUAAAUACUUUAUUAUGUUGUAUACAUAAUAAGAAUAAACAUAUAUCUAUGAAUGGGUUAUAUUUCCUUAUGUAUUAUAUACUAAAGGAGGAGUUUGAUAUUGAAAGUAUAAAACUUCUAAUGAAUCGAAUUUUUGACGAAUUGUUUUAUUAUACUAAAAGGAAUAUAUUAAAUGAGAAAAGUUUAAAAAGGAGACAAAAGAGUGAAGAACAAGAAAAAAAAAAUAAUAAUAAAAUAAAGAGUAAUGGUGAUGGUGAUGAUGAUGUAAUAGAUGAAUAUAAUAAAGAUCACCCAAAACAAAACAAAUUAAACAAUACCAUAGGGGAAUAUUAUAAUAUUAUGGAUAAUAAUAUGAAGAAAAAAAGUGGAGGGAAAAACGAAAUAAAUACCGAUAUAAGACAAAAAAUAAAAAAUAUGGAUAUAAAAAAAAACCAAAGAAAGAAUAAGAAUAUUUUGGAUAUGUCUCUAAAUCUGAUAUUUUUAUUAUGUCGAAAUAACUUUUAUGUUAUGUUAAAUAAAAUAUGUAUGUUACAAUCUAAAUAUAACUAUGAACAUAUUUAUUUUAUUUAUAUGAUAUGUAAUAAUAAAAAAAUGUUAAUUAAAACAUUAGAUUAUUUAUUUUAUAUAUUAAAUAAUCAUCACAAUAUUAAAUUGAAUAAUAAUUUGAGUAAUAUAUUAUCCUUAUUAUUUCAUUUUCUAAAGUUUAGAAAUAUACAUGUAAGGAACUAUGGCCAGGAAUAUUUUAUCGAACUAUAUUUGAUUCUUUACUAUGUAUUAGGAGUAAGGCAGUUAUCACAUUUAUAUAAUAAUACAAACAAUAGUAUGGGUACUAAUAUGAAUAAAAAAAGGUAUCUAUAUCAUAAUUUUGAUAAGGUACAUAUAUUAAAAUACAAAAAGGAAAAUAAUAAAGUUGUAAUUACAGAAGAAGAUGAAGAAGAAGAAAAGGGUAUGGAAGGAAAUAUUAUAGAUAUAAAUAAAAGUAAAGAUAUGACUAAAAAUAUGGAGAUCGAUCAAAAUAUUGAACCUGAUAAUAAGUAUGAUAAAAUAAGAAAUGAUAUGGAUGCAAUAUAUAUGGCUAUAGAUAAAGAUGAAGAAAAAGAUAAUAUGGGUAUAACAAAAAGUAUGCGUUAUUUUAAUUUGUAUAAAAAUUAUAUUAACAUAUCGAAUGAAUGUAAUAAUAGGGAGUAUAAUUUGAAUGAAUUAUAUAUGGAAGAUACAAAUAAAAAUAUAAAAGGAUCUAACAAUAAUCACAAUGAUGAUGAUGAUAAUAAUAAUAGUAGUAAUAAUAAUAAUAAUAGUAAUAAUAAUAAUAGUAGUAGUAAUAAUAAUACGGGUGGGCGUUUCUUUUUUAAUGUAGACAAGGAUUUAUUUUUUUCUACAAAACAAAACAUAUUUCAAUGUAAAAAUAUAGAAACGGUAUGUAAGAAUGAAUAUAGCAAAAAAAUAUAUAAUAAUUACACGUGCAAUAUAAGCGUGAAUAAUACUUUAAAUUGCUUAAAUAUAAUAAAGGAAUUAAUAAAACUGAAUAAUAAAAAGAACAUAUUGAAUUACUAUGAAUAUCAUAAAGUCGAAAAAUUAUUAUAUUAUAGACAUUCCUUUGAAAAUGGUUUAAUAAAAUUAAUAUAUGUAUUUUUAAAAGAAAUUGAUUGUAUACAAGUAUUUAAAAUUUUGAAUGUUUUUCUUAUAAGUGAUAAUAUAAAUUAUAUCAUAGUUUCUCUUAUUAUUUUAUCUCAGAUAUUAUUAUGUAUAAAAAUUAAUGAAGAGAGUAUAAAAAUAAUACAACCACUUAUUGAAGUAUUAUAUUCUAUAAAUAAAAGAAAAUACAAUCAUAUAUUUAUUACAAAAUAUUUGCACAUAUCCUUUAGGAAUUUUUUUCUUAUUUUUAAAUAUAUUUUUAUGUAUCAGUUAUAUAAAGCAACAGAACCGUUUUCUUUGUUUAUGAAGGAGGAGUAUAUGUUGAAUAUAUUAAAUUCUUUGUUUAAAAAUUUAGAUAGUACUGAUAACAGUUAUACAAUAAGGGAAACGUUAAAGUGUUUAAAAGAGUUGUGUAAAUAUGAGAUUGAUUGUUGGCCUUCAUCUUCAAUGUAUUUAUCCUUUCAGAAAAUAUUAAGUGAUAACAAAAUGAUUCAAAUAUAUUUAAAUAGCGAUGAAGUUAUGAAUAGAGUAUAUAUUUGUAAGAUAAUGUGUGAAAUGUAUAGAACGCUUAGGAGGGAGAAAGAUAAAAGGAGCGAUAUGGGGGUAUCAUUAAAUGGUGAUAUAAUAAAAAGUGAGGAGGAAAAUACGAAAAAAGAAAGAAGAAAAAAGCAGAAAGAAAAAAAAAUGAGAGGAAAAAAUAGGAAAAUAAAAAAGAGUUUCUAUGAAACGAUUACUUAUUUAUUUAUCCAUUUAAUGGAUAAGAACAGAAGAGUAUCUAAACAUGUAUGGUUAGCUUUAAAGGAAUUAAUCAAAUAUAAAUUUUAUGAGGAUAAUGUGAAGGAUAUUUUAAAAUAUUUUGAUGAUAAAAUUUUUGAAAUAACAAAAAAAACAAAUAUGAAGAUACAAGAGGAGCAACAUUCUGUUUUUGUUAAAAAGGAAUAUUUUGGAAAUAUUGAAAAAAAAGAUGAAAUGAUAAUAAUAAGAAAAAAAAAAAAAAAAAAAGAUUCAGAAAUUAAAAACAAUGUUAUGUAUAAUAAAAGAGAAUAUAAUAUAAAGAAGAGAAGAACGAUUGAUUAUGAAAAUAUACAAAUAAUGAUAUCAACAGAUGAAAGUGAUAAUAAAGAAUCUGAGUGUAGUUCUAGGAAGGAUGUUAAAAGGCAAAAAAUUAAUAUAUAUUAUUAUAAGUUAUUCAUUGAGAUGUUUAUACCUUUAUUAAUAUGUGUAGAUACAAAAGAAUGUUACAAUAAUAUUAAUAAUAAUUGCAAUGGUUUAAAAUUAUUGUUUGUUGAAUUGACAAAAUAUUUGUAUAAUAAUGACAUGGACUUUAAACAAAGAAAAAACCGUUUAAAAUAUGAGUCUAUAAAAAAUGACGAAUUAUAUAACAUUUUCUUUAAAUACCUAAAGUUAGAUUUAAAAAAUAUAAAUAAUUUAUAUAGAGCAUAUAUAAUAUUAUUACAUAGUAGGAUUUAUUUUGACAAAAAAUUAUGGAAUGUUAAAAAUGUACAAGUUCGUGAAGAGGUCAUAAAAAUGAUAAAUGAAUAUGAGAUGAAAAAUACUAAAUCUCGAGCAGAGCAUGUUUUAUUUGGAGAUUUAAAAAGGAAGGAUAUAUCAUGUGAGGAGAUAAAAAAUAUAAAUAAGAAUAAUAAUAUAAGAAAAGGUAAUAUAGAAAAGAGUAAUAUAAAAAGGAACAAUACAAAUAAGAGUAAUAUAAAAAGGAGUUAUACAGAUAAGAGUAAUAUAAAAAGGAGUUAUACAGAUAAGAGUAAUGUAAAAAGUGAUUAUAAUAUUAUCUCUAAUAAUAAUAUUACUAGAAGUUUUACAGCUACAUUAACUGACUCUAUAUUCAAUACCUUAUCUGAAACAUUGAAUUAUUCAUAUGAUAAUUUUUUCUCAAAUGUUGAUAAUAUUAAGAUCAAGAAAAAUGAGAUUAAUAAUGUAACAGAUGUUGAUUAUGGAAAUAAAAAGGAAUAUCAUGGAAAUUACUUGAAGGUUAAACAAAAUAAGGUUAAUGAAGAAUAUAUAGAAGAAACGUUUAAGAGCGAUAAGGAUUGUUCAGUAAAAGAAGAGGCAUGUACAAUAAGAACACUAAGUGAAUCUUCUAAUAUCUCUGAAAACAUUUCUAAUAGUGAUAUGGAUGAAGACCAGAUGUCACUUACUAAUGGAAAGUAUGUGCAUGAUAAUAAUUAUAUGAAGAAGAAUCAUAUGAACUAUGAUAAAAUGUGUGUAAAAAAAAAUAAAAUUGUUAAUUCUAUUCAUUUUGAUAAGAUUUUGGCAGAGCAAAAAAGGAGUGACAAGGAUAUGUCUUCAUCAAAAUGGUUAGAGAGGGAAAAGAAUGAAUAUAUGAAUGGUAAUAUUGAUGUUCAUAAAAGAGAUCAUUUUGAUGGUCAUACGAAUGAAUAUGAUGGAGAUAUAUAUUAUAGCAAUAAUAUAUAUAACGUACGUGAUAACAACACUUAUGAUAUGUUAUAUCAUCCUUUUGUAUCUUCUAUACAAAUUAACAAUGAAAAUUAUAACAUAUUUAUUUCAAGCAGUGAAGAGGAGGAAGAAUAUGACGAUAAAAUAUACGAAGAUGAUGAUGAAAAUAAAAGAAAAAAUAUUAUUAUAACGGAUAAAUAUAUUGAAGAUAAGAAUAAAGAGGAUAUAACAAACAACUAUCCAGAUAAAGAAUUUAUUAAAAGGAAAUUAAAAAAAAUCCAACUAUUGAAUAAGAGAUAUAAUUUUGUUGAUCAUUUUAGAAAUGUACAAACUUUUAAAACCAAAGAAAAUUUAUUAUAUUGGAUAGAGAUGUUAAAAUUUUUAAGAGAAAAUCCACAAGAGAUUAGUGACUUAUUUUCAACAAGAGAAAUUCAAAAGGUCAAUGUAGCAGAUUUUUUUGAAGCAUCUUUAAUGUGUGCAUUAACUGUAAUAAAGUUUGUAUCAUUAACGAUUAAUUGUAAAAAAUUAUAUAAGCAUACAUUAAAAUGUGGUAUUAAUAAAGUAAACAAUGAAAUAAUAAAUGAAGAUAAUAUAUCAGAUAUAAAGGAACAAGAAAUAGAAGAGAUGUAUUUUAUACAUACAUUAAUUAUAUCAACAAAAUUAGAAGCAUUGUGUUCUUCUAUUAGUAAACAAUUAUGUACAUAUCUAGAAAAUGAAAAAACGGAAUUGCACAUCCCUAUCAUAAAAUCGUUAUCUAUUUUGUCUAUACUCAAACCGUCCACCUAA